AGCAUGCCAGUUGACCGGCAAAAUUUGUGGUAUUUAUACCUCAUCUCAAAGGAAUAAUCAAAGCCUCAGCACUACAACAGCAUCGGUUAUCGGUUCAUUCAUCGCCAUCCUCCUUCCUUCCGUACCGACCAGCAGGAUCAGACCUCACAAGCACCAUGAUCUUCCUCAGCUUUUUCAAGACGUUGGUGGGGAAAGAGAUUGCAGUGGAACUCAAGAAUGACGUUGUGUUCACAGGAACAUUACACAGCGUCGACCAAUAUCUCAAUGUCAAGCUGUUGAAUGUUCAAGUGAUCAACCCGGACAAAUACCCUCAGUUGGUGGCACUUCAAAAUUGCUUCAUUCGAGGCAGCGUGGUCCGCUACAUCCAAAUACCUCCUGAACACGUCGACACGGAGCUGUUAGAAGAUGCGGCCCGGAGAGAAAAUGCCCCCGCUUCAACCAAAAAAUAAAUGUAGCACUCUACUAGCUAGCCAGUUAGUGGAAACAGAACACACAUACACGAAGAAAGGGGUCCAUGGUGGGUUUCAGACAGAUAUCACACUGUACGAGGUGGGCUUGUGGCAAUUUGGUUUGCAUUCUGUACGAGCAUAAUCUUUGUCAUUUCUCAAAUCAUUUCAUUAAAACUAGUCAAAAGCUUGCUUCU